AGAUAAUGAAACACGUGACACUUGACAAGAACUCCCAAUUGUUCGACGACUGUAUCACAUAUGGUUCAUGAGUUUUACAGCGACAAUUAUCAGAAAGCCGGAAAUAGGACGCGUGAAGUUUCCAACAAAUAGGACACAUUUUCGUACGAGAUUCAAGAAUCCUUUGUGAUAAUUAUCAUUAUCACUUUAAAACCAAGAAAUUUUCUAAACCAUACAUGAAACCCUCUAGGAAUUUUAGCUAUAUCAUUAGUCCCCUGCUGCAAAAUCCCAUCAUUUGAUUUCUUGUCUGUUCAGUGCUCUUCUUUGGCUCACUGUGGAUGGCUUCUUAGGCUGCUCUUCUCUGGUGUAUGAAACCAGCCUUUUGUAAGAAAAAAUGCCAAAGAAUCUAGUUUGGGCAUUGCUCCUGUUAGUGGUGGAUUUCAAUGGAUGCUUCACUGAAGGGCUUAACAAUACCAGUGUUUCUACAAGACCAGAUGUCGUGAAUAUUGCAUCCAUCUUGACAUUUAAUUCCAUCAUUGGAAAAGUCGCAAAAAUUGCUUUACAGGCUGCAUGUGAAGAUGUGAACUCUGAUCCCACUAUUCUUAAGGGAACCAAGCUGCAAAUAACUCUUCAUGACUCCAAUUUCAGUGCAUUUAUGAAUAUUAUGGAAGCUUUAAAGGUGAUGGAGACAGAUACAGUGGCUUUAAUAGGCCCCCAAAGUUCAGUCUUAGCUCAUGUGAUAUCCCACGUGGCAAAUGAGCUCCAUGUUCCUCUAUUGUCUUUCACAGCUACUGAUCCUACAUUGAAUUCCCUUCAGUAUCCUUUCUUUGUGCGCACAACUCACAGCGAUCUUUAUCAAAUGGCAGCCAUAGCAGACAUAAUCAAGUACUACGAAUGGAGAAAAGUUACAUCGAUUUACAUAGAUGAUGAUCAUGGAAGAAAUGGAAUAAUAUCAUUAGGAGAUCAAUUAGCAUCUAGAGGAUGUGAGAUCUCCCAUAAAGCACCUAUUAAACCAUUAGCAACAAAAACAGACAUAAGUGAUGUGUUGGUUCAAGUUGCUUUAAUGGAGUCAAGAAUUCUUGUUGUCCACACUUAUCCACAAUAUGGAUUAGAUAUACUUGAAGUUGCUAGAAAUCUUGAUAUGUUGGGUAGUGGGUAUGUUUGGAUCACUACUAAUUGGCUCUCUACUGUUAUAGACAUUAGUUCUCCACUCCCUUCCAAAACAAUUGAUCUUAUGCAAGGUUUUAUCACAUUAAAAACAUACACAAAAGAUUCAAAACUCACAAGAAAAUUCGCUUCUGAGUGGAGAAACAUGACAAAUUAUGGGUUAAGUACUUUUUGUUUAUUCGCAUACGACACUGUUUGGCUUCUUGCUCAUGCACUUGACUCUUUCUUUGAUAAAGGUGGAAACAUUUCAUUCUCAAAAGAUCCAAAGUUACAAGCUUUACCAGGAGAAAUGUUGAAUUUUGAUUCUUUGAGUAUCUUUAAUGGAGGAAAGUUAUUGCUUCAAGAAAUAUUAAAUGUCAAAAUGAAAGGAUUAACAGGAGCUAUCGAGUUUUCAUCCGAUAAAAACCUUGUUUUUCCUGCAUUUGAAGUCAUAAAUGUGAUUGGUACUGGUGUUAGGAGAAUCGGGUAUUGGUCAAAUUCUUCAGGUUUGUCAACUAUUACUCCAGAAAAAGUCAACACAAAGCCAUCUGAUCAAUCAAGUUCUUCUGAGCUAUUACACACUGUGAUUUGGCCUGGUCAAAUCAUUCAAAAGCCACGUGGAUGGGUUUUCCCUGAUAGUGGAAAACAGUUGAAAAUCGGUGUUCCAAAUCGAGUCAGUUUUCAAGAAUUUGUAGGACAAUCAAAAGACAGUGAUUCAUUCAAAGGACACUGCAUUGAUGUGUUUACAUCUGCUGUAAACUUACUUCCAUAUGCUGUUCCAUAUAAGUUUCACUCCUAUGGAGAUGGUGUCAAGAACCCAAGCAACACAGAGCUCUUGACCUUAAUCAACUCUGGUGUUUAUGAUGCUGUGGUGGGAGACAUUGCUAUCACUACUAACAGGACUCGAAUAGCAGAUUUUACACAACCAUUUGUUGAAUCUGGGCUUGUUGUAGUGGUUCCAGUUAGAAGAUCAAGCUCUAGUACUUGGGCUUUUCUUAAACCUUUCUCUCCUUUAAUGUGGUCUGUUUCAGGAAUCUUUUUCUUAUUUGUUGGAGCUGUUGUAUGGAUUCUUGAACAUCGUGUAAAUGAUGAAUUUCGUGGUCCUCCUAAGAAACAACUUGUCACAGUUCUAUGGUUUAGCUUUUCAACACUGUUUUCCUCCCACAGAGAAAACACAUUGAGCACUCUUGGUCGUAUAGUUUUAAUUCUAUGGUUAUUUGUGGUUCUCAUAAUAAACUCGAGCUAUACAGCAAGUUUGACCUCAAUACUGACUGUUCAGAAGCUUUCUUCACCUAUUAAAGGAAUUGAAAGUUUGAUGAUGAGCAAAGAUCUGAUUGGGUAUCAAGAGAAUUCAUUUGUCAAAAACUAUCUUGUAGGAGAACUUGGUAUUAAUUCAGAUCGAUUAAUUCCUCUUUCAUUGCCUGAAGAUUAUGAAAAAGCAUUGAAAGAUGGGCCCCACAACGGUGGUGUUGCAGCAGUGGUUGAUGAACGUGCAUACAUUGAACUCUUCCUUUCAUCCCGUUGUGAAUUCAGCAUUGUUGGUCAAGAGUUUACCAAAAAUGGAUGGGGAUUUGCGUUCCCUAGGGAUUCUCCUCUAGCAGCCGAUAUGUCAACAGCAAUUCUAAAACUAUCAGAAAAUGGUGACCUACAAAGGAUUCAUGACAAGUGGUUGUUGAGAAGUGCAUGUAGUUCACAAGGAACACAGUUUGAAGUUGAUAAACUUGAACUAACGAGUUUUAAAGGCCUCUUCUUAAUAUGUGGAUUAGCUUGUUUUCUUGCUCUUCUCAUAUACUUUGUACUCACGAUACGCCAAUUUACCAAACACUAUCCAACCCUUGCUGAGUCAACCGGGAGAAGCGUUCGUUCGGGAUCCCUUCAAACAUUCUUUUCGUUUGUUGAUAAAAAAGAAGAAACUAUAAGAACUCGUUCCAAGAGAAAAUACUCUGAGGGAAGUUCAAGCAUGAUGAAUGGAGAUGAUGCAUCGAUUGAUAAUUAUAGCAACAAGAGAGAUAUGUCAUUGAAUGCCUCAAAGUGAUAAGAGAUGAUAAGGCCUUGUUUCUUGCUCUUGUCAAUCAAAAUUGUAAUGUUAUGUUCAAGGUCAUUGUUUAAUUAAACCAUAGCAAAUAGAAAAUAGCAAGUUAGCCUAAUGUCAAAUUCGUUAGAUCAUACAAACACG